AUGUCUAAUCGAUUGAAGUUUUUUCAAAGGGGACACUCUCCUACGCCUCCCGGUGGCCCAGUGCGACCCUCGAAUUCUGUUCCCGACCUCCAAAUUACUACUCCAGCUGAAAGCGAUGCACCAACUAGCACAGAUCACGGUGGAUCUGAUAGACGCCGUCUUAAUCCUUUUACUACUACUGGCGGUAGUUCUCGAGGCCGGAAGCAGCGGUGGUCUGUUCGGCACUCUAUAGCUAAGCUGUUGAGCAGAAGUCCCAGUCCCGGUCCCACUCAUGUCAACCAAUCGCAGUCAGCCAAUCUUUCCCCUCUACGCCCAAUCCGCCAUCCCCUGCGCCAUCUCCCGUUCUCCCUUAGGGGGGCACCGAUAUCUCACAUGAUGCCCAGCGAGCGCAUCGUCCAUGGAAACACUGGAACUCCCCACCCACCACUAGGACACAUAGGCGUUAAAUCAGAUACCCCGUCGUCAAUAGAUCGAACACCGUCAUCCUCAGCUGUCCCUGCUGGUGAAGGGAAGAAAACAAUCAUCACCGCCACAAGGCUCAUCCUCCAAACCGCCGCCUCUGCUCUUAAGUUAGCCCCCAUUCCGAAUCUCGAUCAAAUACUCCUAUCGUGGCUCCAAGUUUACGAGGGAUUGUACGAUGAAGUUCGAGACGCUCACGAAACAAUCUUUAGGUCCCUACAGUUGUGGACUGGAAAAAUUCCCCCCGAAAUAGUCUCAACUCUCGGUGGGAAUUUGCUCAAUGCUCGAAUAUUCAUGGAGACAGAGCUGCGUAAUUUCCAAGCUGAACCAGAGCCUUCCCCCACUAGAACACUUCACCACCUAUCUGCGCAAACUCAGAAUGCCAGUGCAACGAAGCAUCAAACUCGCAGCCUCCCACCGUGGAUUUUGGACUGGUAUGGAGGACGCUUUGCAGGAGACCUUGAUGCACCGGAAAACCCGAAAGACGUAGUAAUUGAAGCCGUUGUUGACGAUCGCCACAAUCAUCACAUCUCAACACGCGUGAAUCUAAAGGCUAUCAUCGUCGUUAGGAUACCCUACCAUGCCCAAGUUCUUCUCAGGGCGUCAGGUUCGAAUGAUUUGGUAGACCCAGGCUCCCGACAUCUCAUCAAGAUCGUCCCCUGGACUGCUGGACGAGAAAGGGUCGCCCAUUCGGGUCCCGCAGAGCAGCUCACCUCCACUGAGCCCGCCCCCCCUCUCGAGCUCGGUGAUGACGAGUGA